GCUAGUGGCGCUGGUCGCUGUGUCUUGCACGCUGUUCCUGUUCCUACACACGCGGGACCUGAGCACCAAGCUGCGCCGCAUGGAGGGCAAGCUGAACGACGACGUGACUGCCUUCAACCACCUCACUGACAGUAAGUAGUGUUACAGCACGAGCGAGCUAGUGGCGCUGAUAGCUGUGUCUUGCACGCUGUUCCUGUUCCUACACACGCGGGACCUGAGCACCAAGCUGCGCCGCAUGGAGGGCAAGCUGAACGAUGACGUGACUGCCUUCAACCACCUCACUGACAGGAUCGAGACGGGCCUAGCGGGGUAUGCGUCGGCGCAAGAGCACAAAGAGGCGCUCGAGGCUAUUCGCAGGCACACCGGCGCGGAGCGGAAAAAACCUCAGCGCACACUAGAAGCGGAGCCUGAAGAUGCUCAAGAAGAAAUAGAGCAGUAUUUAGAAGAGAUAGUUCCCGAGCCAUGGGAGUUGAACAAUACUGCGCGCGCCGGCAUGGAACUGCUGUUCUUCAACCGUGUGCCGAAGGUCGGCAGCCAGACAUUCAUGGAGCUAUUGCGCAGGCUGGCAGCAAGGAAUCAGUUCGGGUUCCACCGGGACGCGGUUCAGCGCGUGGAGACGAUCCGCCUGGCGCCGGCCGACCAGCAGGUGCUCGCCAGCAUCGUCACGGCGCACGCGCCGCCCGCCUCCUACAUCAAACACGUCUGCUAUACUAACUUCACCAGGUACGGUUACCCAUCUCCGAUCUACGUGAACGUGGUGCGGGACCCGGUGGAGCGCGUCAUCUCGUGGUAUUACUACGUGCGAGCGCCGUGGUACUACGUCGAGAGGAAACGCGCGUUCCCCGACCUGCCGCUACCGGAUCCUGCCUGGCUGAAGAAGGAUUUCGAGACGUGUGUGCUGAGCGGCGACCGCGAGUGCCGCUACGUGGAGGGCGAGACGCACGAGGGCAUCGGAGAUCACCGCCGGCAGACGCUCUUCUUUUGUGGACACGAACCUCAGUGCACGCCAUUUAACAGCGUAGAGGCGCUGCAGCGCGCGAAGCGUGUCGUGGAGGAGCAGUAUGCUGUGGUCGGUGUGCUCGAAGAUAUGAACUCUACACUGUUGGCUCUCGAGCGAUACAUCCCGCGGUUCUUCAGCGGCGCGACUAAGUUGUAUUGGGAGGAACUAAACACAUUCAACCGCAUCAACCGCAACGCCUUCAAGCCGCCGGUCUCCGAGACCGUCAAAAACAUGGUCCGCGCCAACUUCACCCGCGAAAUAGAGUUCUACGAGUUCUGCAAACAGCGCCUCCACCUGCAACUUAAGGCGCUAAGGGAACCCGGAGUAACGCUGCCGGUGUCGCAGCGAGUCAAGCGGCGCGCGAUGAAGAGGUUCAGACGAGUGUAGCGACUGCUGUCGACUGGCCGUGACAAGACUGCUGUUGACUGGCCGUGACAAAAUACCUGAGAUUUGAGUGUUGAGUUUUUGGGUACAACGUGAGGCCAAUGGACAUUAUGUGUUAGUUGUGAAACUGUUGAAAUCAGUGCAAACGCUUAUAAGUGUAUCGAUGAGUAUGAAGUGUAUCGUUGUAGGUAGUCUUGUUGAGUACAUAUGUAUAUGUGCCUAUAUCUACAAGGUAGGUAGGCAAAUCGGAAAGUUGAACAUAGUUGAGUGUAUUCAACCAUAACUUCUUACAGUUGUAAAAUUCACGAAAUAUAAAGUGAGCCGAUCUUGUUCAAAUUUUUUCGAGAUCGGCUCACAUUUUAUAUUUCGUUGACCUUACCUUAAUACCAAUAUUUUCAUGAUUUGCUGGUGUAUUCCCAUUUGUCCGAACCCGGGUGACCCCGCCAUACAUAAGGCCGGGAAAAAUAGGAAUGAUUUAUAUGAAUACCUACACCUAUACCAAACCCAUCUCUGACUGGCGGGGACAAAUAGGAAUACACGGAUUUGCUGAUCAGACUAUGCUAAGAUACAGGGAAGAACAUGCAUCAGUUGACAUAGGUCUAUUUACAGUGCAGAAGAAUGAGAGCUCUCUUUAUGCAAUCUUAAGCCAAAAUCAUAAUUUUGUUUAUUAGAAAGGGACUUCCACUUGUAUUACAAGUUACAAGCUUUUGAUAAACAGGGCACUGGACUAGCAAUUUACCUCCCAUAGGCUAAACUUACCACUUCGUCGGAUUUUAUGUUUGUUUGAUACUUACAUCUGCCGUAUUUUCAUAGUAUGUCGACUGCGAAAUCGCAGUGUUAAGGUUUCAUUCAGAUGGGUACUGCACCAACAAUACUGCUGCAGCGUUGAUCCAGAUUUAUUUUCCUGUAGGACGAGCUUUUCGAUAUAUUUAAGAAAAAAAUCUAAGUGUAAAAAUAUGGGUGCGCACAUCAUACUCGAAAAUAUGUUUCAUAGCUCUUAUGUCAGCGAGAACUAUUGGGACAUAUUUUUGAGUAAGUUAGGUAUAUAUUACGUAUAAUGUACCCAUAUUUGACUGUACCAACGGUGCUCUUGUAGCUUCAUUGACGUUGAAGAACUUGUAAACAACUUGGAAAUACGCAAGUAGAACAAAGUUAGACGUAAUUUUAUACCUGAUAAAUUCUUGAGUAUUUUCUCUAGACAUAAUAUUUAUUCAUUAUUGAAAUAGGUAUUAAGUGUUGCAAAUGUAAUGUACUUUAUAGGAUUACAUUUGAUAAUGGGGCCCAGUGCUUUGUCUGGCAAGCUCGGCCAUUGCAAUAUACUUGUUUCCUAUAUACUAUGGAUGGUAAUAUUAAUAUUUACUUAGUAAUUAAAACUACUCACGUUAUCGCUUUCACUUAAAAGUAAUAAGACUAACAUCGUAAUCAUACGAGCAAAUACCUACAUUAAGCAUCAAAACAAACAAUAUCUUUUAUAUUAUUGUUUUGUAUAAAAAUAAGUGCCCGUUUCUAAGAGAGGUCUUGAUACCGAUAAGCAGUAUAAUUAAUUAAAUACGUCACUAAAUGCGACGUUUUCAAGCAAUAGCUACCGCAAUUUCUGCAGUUAAUAAGGUCGAUUUCUAAAUGAAUCCUUUUGGAACUAUUGUCUUAUUGAUUAUUAGUGCCUACUCUUUUUCUUUCAAACUCCACGUUAAAUACCUACUUAUUUAUAGAAAUAAUUGGAUGAACUUAUUUAUUUUAGAAUCGUUAUAAUAAGUUAAUGGUAAUGUUUUGUAUUUCACUAUCAUCCAAGCAUUGUGAUAUAUUUUUUGCCUUCGUGUAAAUAUAAUAAGUUGGCUUAGUAGGUAGUUGUAUUAAUAUUAAUGAGUAGGUACGGAUACACACUUGUACGUAGAUAAGUUGGAAUUAAGUAACGUUUUACCUUUAAGCUAAACAAUUAGGUAAGUAAAAGAAAGUUAAUUGUACAGUUCUAAUACUAGUGUCAUGUACCUAGAUGACAGUUAAAAAAUAAUGUUUUAUUUAUUUCUCAGCAAAUUACCCGUACUUAUUAAAUUUAUAAUCAAA